AUGGCUGCUAUCCACCACGCGCCACGCGACCCCCCGUCGCCUCCAGCCAUCGACCAUGACUACCUACCCAAGCAAAUAGACCAGAGCAUCCUCGUAGAGUUGGUCAAAUUUGCCGAUAAGACUACCAAGGCCGAGCCAUCGGCUGCGGUGCUUGUCGCUCGACAGGACCCCAGUCCAGAUAUCGAGUCGGACGAAGACGUCAGCAAAUCAGUCAAGGUUGAUAUUCGCACUUUGUACCACCUGAUCGGAACUGGGGCGAUGGCACCCAAGUCGCUUGGAAACGUGGUGGAUGAAAACCUGAAGACAUAUGAAACGGGUAAUCUGCGAGUGGACGCAAGUAUCAUCCCGAUGCGCCUCGCCGCUCAUCUGCAGCGUACUGUCUACAGUAUUGCUGAAAAGGCAGCUGACACCAUCACGAGCGAAUGGGAUUCUAAUCUCGAGCUAUAUUCGAAGCAUUUUAUUUUGUGGAUUGAAGUAAUGGGAUAA